AUGUCAAGCUCCUUGGUCGGCCUCCGUAGCACGAAGUUCUCCUCUGACGUCGAGAUGCGCGGCGUGAGCUUGACGAAGCUGCUUCGACGCUUUGGCAGUCUCCUGGACUCAGCGAAGGAUCCGGGGGCCCAUCUUAGUGCAUCUCACGUGAUGUCCAAGGAGAGUUUGGACUACUUCAUCACCCACAGUUGGAAAGAGCGGCGCUGGAGGAAAUUCUUGGCGCUGGCGAUGGCUUUUCAUGGAGUUCGUGCUCUUCUUGUGAGUUUCGCUGUCCAGCUCAUUUGCUUUGGUCUGGUGGCCAUAGGCGUGCUUCCCUUGUACCACCACGAGGUAGAAGGCACCGACAUCUCUAUCAGCAUGUGGUGCAUGCUUGGCGGCAGCGUGGCUUUCUGGUUCACUCUGCUUUUCACAGAGGAUUUCCUCUCCAUGACAGGCUUCCAGCACUACGACAACUUCUAUGAUGCUGCGUGCAUCGACCAGACGAGCUACAAGCAGAAGAGGCAGGGCAUCGGUGCCAUUACCGCGUACCUUUGGCACUCUGAGACCUUGCUGGUGUUGCUCUCCCACAACAGCCUUCAGCGGAUCUGGACGGUUUUUGAGUUGACGGCUUUCCUGGCCAUGAAGCCCUACGAGAAGGUGAUUGUGAAGCCAGUGGCCUUGGCUGUUGCGAUAGCCGGCGCAGGCGCAGUCGGCCUCCUCUUCCGUCCAGUCUACGAGGUCUCCAUGUUCUAUUUUUUCGUCUGGAGAGCAUCACAGGACCCUGGGACGCUGGUGCUGUCCGUUAUUUCGGGAGCGUUGUCCUUCGCGUUGCUCUUAUGGCUUUUUGCGCUGCUUCGUGUAUGGGGCCGGACUUUCUCGGAGUUGGGGGACCAGAUCGAGAAGUUCUCCUUCGCCAACGCGUACUGCAGCGUUGAAGCUGACCGUAAGGAAAUCGUCGAGGCUGCAUUGCAUCUGGCCGAGGAACUGCAACUGGUGGAGCAGUGCGCCCGCCCAGAGGAGGCAUGCAAUGCCUUGGAAGUCAGAGCAAAGCGCGUAGUUCCAGAGUUCCUUCGAAACUCCCUGUCGAUAACAGGCCUCUCAUUCCGCGACGUCGUGCUUGUCGUCCUGCCGCGGCUUAUGGGCUUGCUCGACCGCGCGUGCGUGGACUUCCGUUUGCGCGUGAGAGAUGCUCCAGCAGUGGUGGUCCAGAGCAAGCCUCCUCCAGAGGGGCUGGCCAUGACGACCUGGCAUCAUGUGGACGAUCGCUCCGCCCAGGGGGCAUCGGACAUCCUUGACAGCGUCGAGCUGCAACUGCAGUAG